AAAUGGAUUGUAAUGAUCUAGGAUGGACCAUCCAGUUAUUCAUGUUUCUUGGAAUGAUGCUAAUUCAUAUUGUAAAUGGAAAGAAAUGCGACUGCCAACUGAAGCUGAGUGGGAAUAUGCAUGUCGAUCAGGAUUACACAAUAGGUUAUUUCCAUGGGGCAAUAAGCAAAUGCCCAGAGAUCAGCAUUACAUGAAUAUUUGGCAAGGAACAUUUCCAAUUAAUAACACAAAAGAAGAUGGUUAUGUUGGCACUGCUCCAGUUACAUCAUUUCCAAGUACUGGUUUUGGCUUGAAAAAUAUUGUGGGAAAUGUUUGGGAAUGGACAAAUGACUGGUGGACUAUACAUCAUUCUCCUGAAGAUCAAUAUAAUCCUACUGGUCCAGAGUCUGGAAAUGAUAAAGUGAAGAAAGGAGGAUCAUUUAUGUGUCACAAAAGUUAUUGCUACCGCUAUAGAUGUGCAGCCAGAAGUCAGAACACACCUGAUACAUCUGCAGGGAAUGUUGGUUUUCGCUGUGCUUCAUCCCAAAAGCUAGUGGGAAAAGUAUAAUAAUUGUGUUUUCUAGAGGCACCAUAUAAAGGAAUUGAAAUGUGGCAAAGUGGAUAGUAAAAAAAGACACUCUGUUAAAAAUAAAAUCCUCUUGCAAACUCUGUAUACUUUUAUAAAUUUUACACUGCAUUUUUUAUCUUAAUUUUCAUAGCCGAGAACAUAGUAUUAAUUAGAGUUAUAUUUUUCAUUGAUUACUUAGUUAUUUCCAUACCCAAGAAUAUAAAUUAUUAAAUAAUUUAUAUUCUUGGGUAUGGAAAUAAUUUUUUAAAAUUAAUCAUGAGUACUGGAAUUUUAUUUAAGAUGUAUUUUAUCUGUAUAUAUUUAAAAUCUGCUUCUUUGUAUGAGUUAAAUUAUUUAGUACUUAAAUUCAUUCAUGUAAAAUAGAAGAAAAUACCUGAAUUUUAAAAAACAAGAUUAUUUUAUAAUUUAUUCUAAUAUUUGCUGUUAUGACAUGUUGAUUUUAUAUUGAAAUUUAGAACAAACAAUACAGAGUUUUUUUAUGUAGUGGUAAAACUAUACAAAUUUUGUAGAAUAUUGGAUUAUUUAUUCAACAUGCUAUAUUUAUUGAGUGAAUAUUUUUAUUACUUUUAUAAAAAGAUCUUAAAAUUUUUACUGCUUAAAAAUUAUCAUAUAACAGAAUAAGAAAUGUACACCUCUAAAUUAAAAAAAAAUUAUAAAAAUUACAGUGUAGAAGUGACAUGUAGCACAUGAUAAAUCUUUUGUAGUAAAUUUCUUGCUUAAUUAACAAAAUUUUUUUUGUUUGUUGUUAUUUUUAACAUUUAGGUGAUAAUCUAAGCAUGCAUUUAGUAUAUUACUGUCCUUACUUAAUUUUUUACAAUAACUGUAAAGAUAAUACAAAAUAUGUAAAGGUUGUAUUUAUUUAUAAUUUCUCAUUUUAAUCAAAUUAAUGCAUUUUCAAAUUCUGACUGAGGUAGGAUAUCUUAAUCAGCAGUAAAAUGAGCCUGACCUUGAGGUACAUGCCUAUUGUUGGUUACUAAUUAUUCCGUUUAAAUUGCAUAACUGUGUAAAAAAGUUGAAAUCUUAUGUCUUAAAUUAGGAUAAAUAAAAACUGUUAUAAAUUAGAUGACAGAAAAAUAUUUAAAACUCAAACAGCCCUUUCUGCUGUAAAGUUGUAACAGUACUUUUCUGUUUUGCCAGCGCAGGCGAUAAAGUCGAAAAAAAUGGUACAACAGAUGCCAAACGGAUUAUCCUGGCUGGUAACCUUUUUUACACUUCAUUUUCAAAACAAGUCGCUGCCAUUUUUUCUCCGAUUGAUUGUUUCUUUCAAUACUGGCAUACAAUUACAUAGAAUUUUUACCAGAUAGUUCAAUUUUAUGCCCUAAGGCUAUUUGCGGUAAUUAGGUCAAUAACGAUGCAAUUUACACCACUCACCCGAAGGCAGAAAUACAGAAAAAGCAACGUCAAGGGUUAAAAUCAUCAAUUCUAAUGAGAAUGCACUAGCGAAGUAAAGCACUGCGGUCUUACAUAAUUUCUGAGUAAGCUAUCCAUAAGAAUUGCAGUAAUACUUGCAUUCUAAAUUAAGAUUUAACUUGACAUUAAUGUAGAUAAUUACUGAGAGAAUUAGAUUUUUGAAGCAUAGUUUACGCGAGAUGAGAUCACUUGGACUUGCGUGAUAUGAGUCGGUGAAUCAGGAUAUUGUACCAUGAAAGCAUAGUAAAUUCUUAAAUUAAUGUCUUUUUACAAAUUUAUUGUCUUUAUUUAUUGGCUUUUUACAAAAUUUUAAAUGAUAUUAAAAUGCCUUCAAAAUAAAAAAAUUCUUAGAACUAACAUUUUUUAUGUGUAUACUCUGUGCUGUCGCCAAUAAAGUAUGCUUGACGAGAUCUGCGCCAGUGAAACAGAAGAGUACGGUUGUAGCAUCAGAAUCAAAUUUAAAAGUUAAAGCUGUUUUCAUGCUUUUUACUUUUGAUUAGUUUUAUAUCCAUAAAUCACAAUUUAUGGCAUCUUAUGUAUGUGCAAUAAAAAUGUCAAUUUAUUAAUAAUUUCUUUUAAUAUCAAACAUUAAAAAAUGAGUGCUUGAUUAUGUUGAAUCUUCCUAUGAGAUGCAAAAAUUUCAUACAGAAUUUUUUGAAUUUUAAUGGCAUGUAAUGCACAAAAUAGUGAAUACCUUGCAUAUAAAAAGUUUCACAAGAAAAAUAUCAGUAUUUGGUUAAUAUGGAUAAUUUUUCAUAUUAAUUUUGUGUGAAUGUAGAGCAGUAUUAUUCUGUGCAGAUUAAUUGCAUAUGCAGUCCAUCCAAGGCUGUGUAUUCUACUCUAGAUCUUAAGAAAUGUAUUCUAUGAGUAAAGUAUUUUAUAAUGUACAACCAUAA